UUUUUAACCUCAGAGAGCUCAAACGCUUUGAUUUGUCAUCAUUACAAAAAUGUUUCUAUCGCUCUUCACAUUUUUGGCAUUCACAUAUUUAGCUGAAGCUAAUCUUGGUAUUGAUCCAAACUCGACAACCAACUAUCACACAAGACAAGCUGGUCGAUGCAACACUGAUCUAUCGCCAAUAAACAUUAACACAAAACGGUGCAAGCAAAAGAAUUUCAACCGCGAUUUUCGAUGGUACAACCACUCAGGAUCACUUCAGAUGCUUAACACAGGUGUCACAGUCCAAGUGCCGUACAUGCGUACUGAUGAACGGCCCUUCAUUACUGGUGGACCACUGGGCCUUAAAGAAUACAAUCACCUGAAUACGCACUUUCACUGGGGAGCUACUGACACAAAGGGCAGCGAGCAUUCUAUUAACGGAGUUUUUGGGCCACUUGAGACACAUUUUGUUUACGUAAACAGAAAGUACAGCACAUUGGAAAAAGGCCUGGAGCACAACGAUGGAGUUGCUGUGGUGGUGGUCAUGUAUAAACUCUCAACCUCAGAUAACCCGGAUUUAAGUGGAAUUCUGGAUGGUGUAAAUUCUGUUCAAUUAACUGCUGGAGAUUCUACCACCCUCGAGACGGACUCACUUGACUUUGCUGUGAGGAAGGUUUUCUCAAGAAAACAUUUUUACAGCUAUCUCGGCUCGCUGACUGGAGGUCAACCAGUACCACCGUGCACCAAGUCGGUCAAAAUUUUAGUGAUGAAAAAAUUAGUUCCGAUUUCUUCGGCACAGGUCAAUGCGUUCCGAGGUGUUAAAGAUGUAAACGGCAUUUCCAUUUUAAGCAACCGAAUGGAAAUACAGCCUCUGAACGGCAGGAGAGUUAUUUGCUCUGGUUGUCUUUGAGGUAUUCGUUUAACAACAAGAAAUGAUCAUAUUGAUGGUUUGCAACAAAAUGCGGUGUUAUUAUAAUAAAUAAUUAUAUGAUAUUCAACA